UAGUAGUUGAGUUAUGCAUGUGCUGUUGCCUUUGUCCAGAACCAUUUAUGACAUACGUCACGUGUUGUCACUCUUUUCAUGUCUUUUUUUACAUACUUAUAAAUAACGUUCUUUUGAAGUAGAUAUUUCUACAUCGCGUCAACUUUUUCUAAAUCUGUGUUGCAGUGUUUUUAAGGACUGAAUUUUAUAUCUCAAUUCCAAGGUGGACAUCUCAAGUGCAUUUUUUUGACGAACAUUCUCCACUCAUCUAUCAUCAAAAAUUGGUUGGUCAAAAACACGCUCGAGGUAUAUGUGGAUGAACUCGUUAAACAGCAAAUUUAAGAUUCCAGAGAAAUCGAAAAAAGCGCCGGAGGUUCAAGAAUGGCUCGAAAUGGAGAAAUUCAGAUUUGGAGGAUUAAUAUAAGGAACACAAGACAGAUCCAUCUCAUAUCGACGGAUUCUUUUUUCAGGUCAUCUGUAAUUAAUAAAAUACAAGGAUGAUGCGAAACUCAUCUGUUUUACUGAUGAUAUUGAUUGCAUAUUCAGCAUAUUCUUCUGGAGUUAUGAUGUCUUAUGAAAAUAAUACUGUUCUCAAUUACACUCCAAAAGAAAACAUCUCUAUUACCUGUACUAGUACAGGUGAGGACACAGUCACAUGGAUACGUGAUGAUAUAGUGAAAGGUAAGGGUAAUUACACCAUAAAUGCACAGACUCCAUACAGAAAACUCCUUGAAAUAAGAAACGCUACAGUUUUUCAUUCUGGGAGGUACUACUGCGUUUCAACAAACGACGGCGAUAAUUACAUGUGGAUUUAUCUCUUACCUGAGUAUCCUGCUUUUAAAAAUGACAUACCGGGCAAAGUUUACGUAACUUCACUUUCACACCCAGAGGAAGGUCGUUGGAUGAAUGAAUACGGUGAUUAUGAAUAAACAACUUCAACGAAUCAAAAACAAUGACAUCAUUGCAUUUAAUAUACCUUGGUAGGUCUAAUGAUAAGAAUUUGAGUGUAAGGUGUAUCAUCAUUUGUAUCAAUUUACUUGACUAAUAAAACUAAGUAUAAAGAA